AUGAGUGGUGGUAAGUCAAAACAGUACAAUAGCUCUCAUGAUAGCAACUGAUUUGAGAAAAGUUCACGCACCGACGCGAGCGAAGCGCCGUAACAAUAUGACUUCGAACCACUGGAAUGACAACAACAUCCACCACAUGAAUAAAAUGGCCGUUCCAAAGACUUCAACUAAUCCUAUUAACGGAAACAUCUUGAACCCUUAUACAGAAGGAAAUAUUCAACCGCAGUAUGCCAGAGUUGGUGCUAGUAAGUUAUGUAAGGUUUCGCUUAGAUUCCAGGCACUGACCUAGUGGAAGUUCAACAUCGGGCGCAGGAUUAUACGCGAAACAAUUUUAAAUUGACCACACCUGUUCUUGAGAUACCCCUGAAUUCGAAUGCUAUGAUUAUGCCUGUAUCGCGGUCUGAACCUGGUAUCUGAACCUGGUAAUAUGAAUCGUGACAAUCGCCACCCUCGAACUCGACUAGAAGCUCAACAAGAUCCAAGAAUUGGAGGUGUCUACCAGCAAGUGCACGGAGUUUCACCGGAGAGAACAAUAUCGCGAUACCUUUCCAACCUUCAUACCAAGUUCUUGGCAUGCCAAAGGGUGUCGACCAUCAUGCUAUUCGAAAGGCUGCCAGUCUCUAUACUGAUAUCAACCCUAGAUACGAGGGCGAAAUCAACGAUCGUUUCCUUCAAAACAAAGAAUGUCCAGAUAAUCAAAACUGCUCUCUCUGGUUGACUGGGAUUCCUACAACGGCUACGGACAAGGAAGCUCUCACAACUGUUACAGAGGGUAAAGGUUUUUCCUUCAAUCGCAAAGCUCCGGUCUUCGGGAGAUUCGACAAAUGCGCCGCCGACCUGACUUUCUUCGAUCGCCAAACCGCUGAGUGUUACAUUCUCAAAGCCGAACAGCAAGGCGUAUAA